GCUGAUUUCAUUUUCUUUUUGUUGGUGGACAGGAGAAGAACAUGUACGUUGGAAGACACAAGUGUAACAAACAGUAAUGGAAGGCGGACGCCAUGUGUCUCGUGGGAGCUCCUUAAAGAAGGAACAACAACAACAACAACAUAAAUACAUGAAAAACAGCCGAACAAUAAAUGGAUUCCUUACAAGAUAUAUUCUAAAGACAUGGCCUCUACUUACUGGUGAAGGACUGAAGAGAAUGGCCUUUGGAGAAAAAGAUGAGAGCAAACCUCAUAAAACCAUAAUAAUGGUGGGAGAAACAGGAGUAGGGAAGUCAACACUCAUCAAUGCCAUGGUCAACUACAUGCUGGGUGUUCCCAGUGAAGACAGAAUUUGGUUCGAGCUCGUGGUGACGGAAGAGAACCAAACUCAUUCUCAGACAGAUGCAGUCACAGUGUAUGACAUCUUUACUGAACACAGCCCGUUCUCCCUGACCGUCAUCGACACUCCUGGAUUUGGGAAAACAGAAGUUACAAAGGAGGAUUUAAAAAUUGGUGAAAGUUUUCUUGAGUUAUUUAAAUUCAGUGAUUGGGUUCAUGAAAUUGAUGCAGUCUGUCUUGUGAUGUCAUCAAGCACUGUUCGACUCACUGAAAGACAGAGCUAUGUUUUUAAUUCUGUUCUUUCCUUAUUCGGGAACGAUGUGAAGAAAAACUUUGUUGUGUUUCUCACACAUGCCCCAACAACGUCUGCAAAUUCCAUUAAGGCCAUUAAAGAUGCCAAAAUACCAUGUGCUCUGACUGACGAUGGGGAACCUGUGCAUUUCAGGUUCGACAACUGUCACUGCGAAAACUUUUAUGCAAAAUAUGACCGUGAAGAGGAAAGCGACCAACUGUUCCAAAGUUAUAAGGCAGCAUGGAAUCUGUUCACCACAAGCAUGAAGAAAUUUAUAGAUUUUCUAAAUGGGAGCCAACCUGUAAGUUUGAAGAAUACUGAAAGUGUGCUGACACACCGCAAGCAGCUAGUAGAACACAUCUCCAGAUUACGGAAACAAAUCAAAGAAAUUAAGCUUGAAUGUGAAGUGGAGGAAUCCUACAAAGAAAAGGAACCAAUUGACCCAUCAUUGAGCACAGAGGCUACAUGCUGCAGUGUGUGUGAGGAGAACUGCCAUUACCCAGGAUGUUGGUGGGUCAGAGAUCUUUACUGGUGUACCGCCAUGUCAAAAGGCAAGUGCACAAUCUGUCCUGGAAAGUGUGACUACACUAAACAUGUUAAAGAGGGAAAAAUAUAUGUGGUGAAAACCAGGAAGGUCAAGAAGACUCUGGAAGAUCUGAAAAAGAAUUAUGAGGCAGAGUCAGAGGAGAAUAAAAAUCGAGUAAGCCAAUUAGAGAAGAAAAAAACACAACAAGAAAAAGAAAUUACAAGACUGGUGGAGGAAUGUCAGAAGUGUAUGCACUUCCUACAGGAGAUCGCCUUAAAAAAUGAUGCUCUGUCUACACUUCAGGAUCUGGACAUCAUGAUUAAGGAAGCAAAGGAUACUCUGGAUAAAGACAUUGUAGAGAAAAUGGAAGAACUGAAGAAAUGCGCUGAAGAGAAACUAAACUGAAAUAGAUAUUAGAUGCAUGCAACAAAACAUAGAAAGGGCCGGAAUAUUAUGUGUUAAUAAUAAUAAUAAUUAAUAAAAUCCUCCACAAUUUACUGAAAAUGAGAGGAUUGUUGUUAUUUAGGAUGCUUGUUAUUUGGUCUACAGCUUGUUCAGUGGACGGCAUAGCUGGGUCUUCCUCCUUUUCAAAUCUUUCAUUUUGAUUUUAAGGUUAAGAAAAUGUUGCAAGCUUUGUUAAAUCUUAAAAAAAGUGAUUACUUUUUUUUUUAUUACUAACUGCGAUAUACAGAAAACCUUUAGGUUUGGGGCGAUCCUUCAGUUUACAGUAUGUUUAUGUGUGUUUGCAAACCUGACAGCAUUUAGCUCACAUACUGUAUGGUGCUGAGAUAGAAGGCGUUCUAAAGUCUACUGGUUUGUGAAUUGUUGGACCUGAAUUGUUUGCCAAUGUGCGGCAGUUUACAUAAGUGCAAAAGGUCCUUUAGAAUACUUGCUGCCCUUUGAAGGCAGCAUCCUACAGUAUGUAAAGUUCUUUAAGGGAAGGCAAUGCGCAGUCAAUUAUUUUCUGUGCUUAGUUGAUCACUCUCUGGAGGGCUUUCUUGUCUACCUGUGAGCUGCUGGUGUGGAGCUGCAAGUAAGUUACUAAGUUACCUACUAUGUUUACACAUUCUCAAUGGAGCAGCAAUAGAAAGACACUAUCAGGUGGUCUAGGAGAGAUCCAGGAAAGAUCUUCAGCAAUGUUCGUGCCAAGGAAUCUGAAGGCUGGGACUUUCUCCAUGCAGACUCAGCUGAUGUGCAGUGGUGUGUGAUCCUUGUUGUGCCUUCAGAAUUCUAUCAUAAAUUUUUGAAGCAUUAAUGGUCAGAUUGUGUCUGUCUCUGGAUUUCAUCUCUAUAAGCUGGUUCAUCACCUCCUAAGAUAUGUCCAAUAACUGUGAUGGUGCCUGCAAAUUUGAUGAUGGUGUUGGUAGAAUGGAUUGGGUUGCAGCCACUCACCUGUGCUGAGUGCUAGGAUGGAGGCUGUAUAGGGGCCUAUCUUAACCAUUUGAGGUGGUUGGUCAAAAAGUCCUUAAUCCAGUGGCAGAGAGAUGAAGAGAAGUCCAUCAGUUUGGUUACCAGUUUGUUAAUUAAGACUGUAUUAAAUGCAGAGCUAUAAUCGAUGAAGAGCAUCCUCAUGUAGUUUUCCCACUGUUCUAGGUGGAGUACUGCAAUGUGUAGCAAGUGUGUCUUCUGUGGAUCUAUUGUCUUUGUAUACAAAGUGGCUGGGUUGAAGGUGUCUGGGAAAUUGGUUUUGAUGUGAUGUUGCACCAGUCUCUCAAAGCACUUCAUAAGAACUGGGGUAGGUGCAACUGGGCAGUUGUCAACAGAGUCAGAUUGAAGAUCUUCGUGAAGACUGCAGAGAGCUGUGUUGCACAUAUUUUUGUGUCCCCUUCCUCUCAGGGCCUGCAGCCUUCCUUGGGUUAACAGACCUAAGCAUGUUCCUUACCCUAUGCUACUGCACUGUGAAUAUUGGUUUAUAACCACACUAUAUAACCACA